AUGUCUUCUACCGCCGCAUCGUCAUCCUCGGUAGUUGCUCCUGUCGGUGCGGCGGCGGCGACAAUGUUUUCCGGUGGAGCUUUCACUACACCCGCACUUGGUGGUGGCGGCAUGGGAACUGGCAUUACCUCCAGCACUAGUUCCGCGUCUGCAGCUGCUACCGGUUCCAGUGGUAGUAUGUAUGACAAGAAAACCAUGUCCUCCUGCCGGUAUCAGCAGGAUAAGAUAGCUGCUACACCACAGAUAAGCUCCUCGUCGAUCGCCGACUACUACUCCGACGCCGCGUCCGGUGGAACGGCGGCUGCUGCGGCUGCAGUUGCUGCGGCCGCUGCAGCUGCUGCCGCCGCUGCCGGUCGCAUGCUGGGCCACGGAUCGUCUCUAGUACCCCCCUCCGUUUACUCGUCAUUCCAAGAGUCGGCACUGGUGGCCGCUGCCGCCGCGGCACAACAUCAGCACCACGCGCAGACCCAACCGGCCCAGCAUCUGCCAGCGCAACCGGUAGCAAUUAACAACAGCCUGUUUUCACCGCACUUUGCAACGGGCUCACCGUACCAUCAUCCACCGAUGCAAAUACUGUGGUGCCCCUGUUGUGGUGGUGAUGGUGGUCACCCGGAGCACGCAACCACCACUGUGAACAUCGUUGGUCGAUUAUUUGGCACCUCAUGUCCGACCGACACAAAGUACUCUAGGGGAGAGCAUAAGGGAACGCAUACCUAG